UACGUCCUCCCGGCCGCCAGGGGGCGACGAGCGCGCCCUCGGCGUUUUACCAGAGCCUGACCCCGGCUGUACGCAUGCUCCGUGCGUACAGAGGUCACCCGUGCCGGUGUCUCCCCCACGUGCGUAGUGAACUGAGGGCAUCAGGAUGUAGAGAUGGGGGCUCGCGUGACCCGCGCCUUCAGGAACUUCAACGUGGAGAAGCGAGCGGAGCGGGAGAUCAGCAAGAGGAAGCCCUCCAUGGCACCCAAGCACCCUUCCACCCGCGGCCUCCUGCAGGAGCACCUGAGUCAGUAUCCAGAAAUCGAAGAAGAAGUUUCUAGAAAAGAUAACAAGCUGCUGUCAUUACUAAAAAAUGUCUAUGUCGAUUCCAAAGAUCCGCUGCCCUCCUUGCCGGUAAAAAAUGUUGAACGACAGCAAGAACUAAAGGAAUUCAGACUGCCGAUAGGAGAUCACUUUAAUCAGCAUAUCACGGACAUUCCCAAAGGCAAGAUUACUGUUAUAGAAGCAUUGACCCUUCUCAAUAACCAUAAACUUUCUCCAGAAACAUGGACUGCUGAGAAAAUCGCCCAAGAAUACCAUUUAGAGCCGAAGGAUGUGAAUUCCCUUCUCAAAUAUUUUGUUACUUUUGAAGUCAAAAUCUUUCCUCCUGAAGACAAGAAGAAAGCAAUACAAUCAAAAUGAAGAAACUGAAAAAACAAUUUCCUACAUGUGCUCCUAAGCUCCACGUCCUUGUUUUUCUUGUAUUAAAUUUUACAAGUUACUGUGAGUUGAGGGCCAUAACGUUGAGAGCUCUUUUACCUCCUCAGGAUUGUUUAUAUAAUUUUUUUUAAUUUAUGUAUGCGUAGUUCCUGGAUAUAUGUUAGCAGUAUUGAUUGUGUGGCCCAAAUGACUCAAUAUUAAGUUUUACUUUCCAGUCUAGGACGGUUUGAUCUUUGUGGGAGACAUUGAAAACAAGAGCCCCUGACUCCUGUGAGAAUGGCAUUGGGUUAGAGACAGACGAUCAGCACGAGACACAGGGACUAUAUUUCCCAAGUGGAGAAAGAGGAAACUGAGUGCAAAGGAAGAAAAGUAUGUAUUACUACUCUAGAGAAUAAAAAUCCAUGAGGGCUUUUGAAUGUUUUAAAUAUGAAAUAACUUUUAGAAGAAUUAGUGGUAUCUGUGACAUGCUAGCUGUCUCUCUCUUGACAAACAGAAAUAGGUAACUUGAAAAGUUUUCUGAGAGACAAUACUUAAGACUAUUUGAACAAAUAACUUCCUUUUAACUUAGAAAUGAGAGAAAAAUGAAUGAACAACUCAAAAUAAGAGGAUCCAAUUUGAUAACCAAACUUUUUUUUUUUAAGAUUUAUUUAUUAUUAUAAAUGAGUACACAGAAGAAGGUAUCAGAUUUCAUUACAGGUGGUUGUGAGCCACCAUGUGGUUGCUGGGAUUUGAACUCAUGACUUUCGAAAGAGCAGUCAGUGCUCUUACCCACUGAGCCAUCUCACCAGCCCUGAUAACUAAACAUUUAUACCUGUUUUCAUCCUAGGAGAAGAAAUAGCCAGUAGAAGUAGAAAACAAAUCCCUGAAGGGAUCUAGAAAGUUACUGAUUCAUUCACUUAAACUCUGGAGCAUAAACAUAUUACAGUAAUAGAAUCUCAGAUGAGGUAAUAUGAGUUUGGCUCCUUCUGGCAUGUUAUACCUGUGGGUUCUUGGCCAUAUUGUUUGACCUGUCUGAAACUGAAUUUCUAUAAAAGUAUAACUGCCUUAUGUAAAUUCCAGGAUAACAGUGAAGAUUAAAUGACAAAGACCAGGCAAAUACAAAGUCUUAUAGUUAAAAUGGGUGUCUACAGAACAUAGGACAGAGUUGUCUGUAGUUUAUGAUGCAAGGAAACCAGAAUUUAGGUUCUCAUAAUCCUACUAGUAUUUUUAUUUAUUCUGCGCAAAUGAAACCCAUUUCAAGAGGCCAGAAUAGAGUUGGGGGAGUUGGGCUUGUCCAUAUUCUUUCAAGAGAAUAGACAGACAUACUUGUCUGGAGAUUCUCCUGGAAAGGAUGUAGAAGAUGAGAGGGAUCCAGCAUGGUGAUGGAGAGGCAGGUGUAACAGCAAAGAUGGGAGAUGACUGGAAAGUUUGUAAGCUUUUUUAGAUCUAGUUCCAGUGAAUAAACUAUACUUGUGGUUCAAUACAGAACUUUAAGAGAAGAUGCUAAUUCUAAUCAUUGCAAAUUAUAUUGGAAAGGGCAGUCAGAACCAUCUUCCUUUAAUUCAAAAUGAAUAUGCAAAUCAAUAGUACUGACUUAUGUUUACUGGGUGGCUAGCAGAUGUAAAUAUGGUUUCUUAACUGGUAUCACAAUAAAAUCCUUCCAUUUUACACAUUAG